AUGAAUUCACCUCCGAAUAAUGAGGAAAGAUCGGAUUAUGAAGUACUUUCUAAAAUGCUGAUGCGAAUGGGAGGAAGAAAUACGUGUGAUGUAGUGAUGGAUGAAGGAAACCAACCAUUCUUCAUUGGAGAAGAAGCAAAAUGUUUGCCAACUUCCAACCUUGAAGAAUCGGAGGAAUAUAUUCCUGAAUCUGUGGACAGCAGUACAGGUGACAGCACCCCAACAAGUAUUAAAAAAGAACGUAAAAUUAAGAAAAAGAAAAAACAGCAAGGUACUUCCAACGAUGAUGUGUUCAAAAAUCAGCCUGUGGUAAUCGAUCUAGAUGGAGGUUGUAGUAAGAAUCGAACAAUCGUAGCAGGAUCUGCCAAUCACAAAUAUGAAGUUGGAAAAUUGAUUAGCUUUAAAAAGUGCAAUGUGAAUGGACAUCCAACUCUAUUUUCUCAAAGACCCAUUGCUCUCCAUGGUUCUAUUGGAGCAAUGAUUGUGAAUGAACGAAGUAGUCGACGGGUGGGUCAAGAUCGAAUUCCAUGCUAUGGAGUUCAAAUUGUUCCAGAAACUGUUUCUUGUGCCACAAGCUCAACCUCAGAAGAAUCAACUGCUACGGCCAUUCCUAAAAAGAGAAAACGAGACGAUCGAAAGAAUACGACUAGUGUUCCACCAUCGUUUGCAUCCUCAUUCCCCUUGCCCCUGAUACCCUCAUUUCCAGCCAUGUUUUCUCCUCUUGAUACGAAAAACAGCAUCAUGGCAAUCGUUUCAAAACUCAAACUCGUCCAUGUCUCUCCGAAUCGAGCUCACAGUAAGAAGAGUCAACAUUUUGUACUUUAUGUUUCGUUGAGUGAGCAAGAUCCACUACUUAAGGCGAAUCUCAUUACUCAGCUCUUAUCACCAUUUUCACCAUCCAUGAGUCUUGCAUUUGAAGAUAAAUCCAAUUCCUCAAAUACCUAUAUCAUCAACAAAAAGCAUGUAUUGACUCCAUUGAUGCAAGAGCAAUUCUCAGAGCAUGAUUUGGAGAUUUUCAGUUACACUCCCGUGAUCAAGGAGCAUACCCUUGAUUGCUCACUAAAGCUUGUUUGUGGAGGUCAAGACAUUACCAACAGCAACGGAGAGUUUUUAGAUUUUGAAUUUUAUAAUGACAAGAGUUUGGAAUCCAACACUAACGAACAAAAACAGAAUGCAGUGCCAAGUGAUGACUUUGAUUUUUUCGACGAAACUAUGGAAGACGUCAUUAACUCUGCUCAUCCUAACUCAUCAGAAGAUGGUGUUAAUCAUCAAUCCAUGACAUCUAUCAACGAUUUAGAUGCCUUUAAUUUAUUUGAACAAUAUGAAAUUUCAACACUUUCCCAGAAAGAAAAGUAUACCACUUUCAAAAGAGACUCCAAUGGACACACUCUUUUACAUCAUUUUGCUGUUCGAGAAAUGUACAAAGAAGUCAUUGAUUUAAUAGAGCUUGGCUAUAAUCCAUACGAAAGAGAUGUUUUAGGAUUAACUGCAAGAGAUUGGUGUAAAUUAUAUCGUUUGGAAGAUAUGGAAGAUUUAAUCGAGUACAUGACUUCACCACGUACAUGUUCAGAUAUAUCAUUUUCAGCACUACCUCCACGAGAUUCUUCAUUAGUCAUGCGUCAUACAGAUAAUGAUGUCUCUCCUACCACUCUUGAAAGUCCAAUUAGUAUUUCUGAGUAUCUUGAUCUGGUUGUAGAGGAUGUUGUGGAUACAAAUUUCGAACUCGAAACAGCCAAUCAGAUCAUGUAUCAGAUUUUAAAGAAUUCGAAAAGUGUCAUGAACUCGGUGUUGUUGAACCCUGAUCUGAACAUUUUUGUCACAAGAGGAAAUAAUCGAUGUAGAGUUUCAAUAGAGAACGAUCAAGAGAGUGGUAUUGAAUUGUUACCAAGGUUAUCUCUCAAGUAUUGGUCUCCAGAAUUUCUAUUAAUGAUGUGCAUGAAGACUGAAGUUGAUGAAAAACUAAUACCUUUCAUUAUUGUCCAUCAGAAUUUGUGGACGCUGGCAGUUUUAUUUACUGAAUUCUUGUAUUUAAGUUUAGACGUGACCAAAAGACAAAGAAAUAGUGUAUUUGGUAUGACAGUGAGUGAACACUUGUUGGCAAGUUCUCAUUUUGAGGUGUUAGGAAGACCUGAUGAAUUACGUCAACUUCUUGACAACUUAUUUAGAGCAUCAGAGACACCAAAACACUCACGAUCCUCCAACAUCUUUUCCUCUAUUGAGACUAUCAAUGCAAAAGAAAAGGAACGAAUUAUUUUAGAAACCAACGAGAGAGCUCAGCUAACUCACAAAACACUCCAACUUGGUGACUGUUUAAACUGUGCUACUGACAGCUGUAAGGACAUGCUAGAGAAAAUAUUGAGAUGGGUUCCAGAGAAUAGAAUCACGAUUGACCAAAUCCUGGAACACAAUUUUUGGAAUGAAUUUGAAACAAAUCGAAGAAGUAUCCGAGAGUGUGCCAUGAAACACAAACUUCUUUCACAAAUUGACUCUAACUAUGGGCUACAUUGCGAGUAUUCAAAUUCUUUUUCAGAUGUGACUAUUCAAACUAUAUCCAUGUAA